UAAAUUACAAUUAUAUAGCCCUUCUGUGGAAGAAAUAUUUUUACCGAACUUUAAAAUUUAAACACGCGUUGGCAUUUGGUGGGAAGAGGACAACAACUCGUUGCCCCUUUUCUCAAUCAGUUUCUAGCAAUCAAACACACUCACAAAUAUUUGUAAUGCAGAGAGAGACCAUUCCAAAAGAAAUAAAUGAGAGAUCAGCUCAAACUAGCAAAAGAGAUAGUCAUGAAGGAACAAGAUCAUCAUCAGGAAAGUACAGGAUCAAAAAGCAAAGCCAAAACGGUGGUCGAAGAAGCCUUCUUGUCUGAUGAUGAUGAUGAUGAACCCGGUGUUGAGAUUUUGGAAGUUGCUGAAGAAGACGACAAAACAUUUUACAUCCACAAACCCAUUCUGCAAAAAGCCACUGACAACAGCUCCUCAAACUCAAUCUCUAUACGGAACAGCGAUUUCGACCUGGAGAGACACCUCAAGUUUGACAUCAUGAAUUCUCUACUCGAAAUAAUCAACCCCACUUCUUCAGGUAACUUAAAUAUUCAUCAUCAUCAUCUUCCUCAACAAGUUGAUCCUCCUCCUCCUGAAAAUUUCGAUGAUCAAAAUGAGACCAGUGACGGUGGUGAUGAUGAAUUUAUUAAGUACCCUAAUAAGACUAAUAAUCCUUUAGGGAAAGUAAAAUAUUUGACCUCACCAACUCAAAGUCAUUCUUCUUCAUUGAUCAUUAUCGAAAACGGUCAGUCUUCGAAUUCGAAUUCAACGAAAGACGACCAAUCUUGUUUUGAUUGCGAAAUAUGCGUUGAGACAAAGAGUGCAAGUGAGUGUUUCGGUGUUAAGGGAUGCAGACAUGCUUACAUUGUCUCUAAGCUUAAAGAAAACAUUACCAACAUAGGCUGUCCGGUUCCCGAUUGCCAAGGGUUUCUAGACCCCGAUUAUUGCUGUUCGAUAAUUCCUCCGAUGAUGUUUAAGAGGUGGGGUUUCGCUUUGUGUGAGGGUGCUAUUCCUGAGUAUGAGAAGUUUUAUUGUCCCCACAGGGAUUGCUCUGCGCUGUUGAUUGAUGAUGGGAAGAAGAUCACAGGGCAAUGGGAGUGUCCUCAUUGUAAGAGAAUGUUCUGCGUGCAGUGUAAAGUUCCCUGGCAUGAUUCUAUCACCUGUGAGGAGUUUCAGAGGAACAACGUCAACGAGCUAGGUAAGGAAGAUGGCAUAUUAAUCUAUCUUGCUGAGACUAAACAGUGGAGGAGGUGCCCCAGUUGCAAUUACUUCGUGGAAAAAGUUCGAGGUUGUAUGUAUGUCAAAUGCAGUGCAAGGAAUAAAGGAAUAUUGUUUUGGUUGGAGCGCAUUAUGGAACUGGUUUCUGCUACAGGUGUGGAAAUCAUAUAAGGAGGAGUAUGCAGCGCAAUUGUCCACAUUGUGCAGGUGCAAAAGUAAAGAGCAUAUAUGCUGUAGAAUCGUGAUGUGUAAGAGGCAAAUGGGAAUUUAGCCAGUGUUCCAGUUCAAAUUCAAGUAACCAUAUAUACAUAUAGAGCAAUUUCCUGAAGGAACUUGAAUAGUGAAUGUAAGGGGCAUAAAAGAAAGAGAAGGCAGUUAUACAG